AUGGAUUGCUCUCAAGCCACAAUUCCUAUUGGGAAACAACAAGUCAUCCUACAACCUGAACCAAAGUCCAAAUUCAUCAUUUUCCCAUCUGAUGACCCUAGAGCCCAGAUUCUGUAUCAUGAUUGUCAAUUUGGAAGCUACAUGAUUUUGUCUAACAGUGAGGUAGAGGAGGAUUCAUCUCAAAUUGAGGGAAAAGAAAGCCUGUGGCUAAUGGAGUUUGAUGGUAGUUGUGUAGUGUCAGGUUCUGGUGUAGGGGUAGUGUUAAUACCACCUUCUGGCAACCCUAUUCCUUUUUCUUUUAAGCUAGAAUUCAAAAAUACCAACAAUGUAGCUGAGUAUGAGGCUUUGUUGUUAGGUUUAAAUGAAGCUAAGAGAUUGGGGGUGAAACUCUUGCGGGCUAAAGGAGAUGCCGAACUAAUUAUAAAAUAG